ACGAGCGAAUGACGAGAAUUGAGGGAGCGAGAAUUGUGGCCAUAUAUUCGAGGUGCAGACUUGAUCACCUCCUUAUCCGAGAUUUCACCAUAUUAGCGAAAUUCCAACCCAGCCCCAAAAAGCAUCACCUCUCAUGGCUCUCUCUGCAACUUUCUCACAAACCUUCUUCCCCAACUUACCGUAUUCAUCACCAUUCUCGCACACCUACAGAACAACAAAACCACCUCUUCGUUUACACCUAUUCAGAGCUGUAAUGCAAUCCGCAGAAGCAGCCGAUAAUGAAAAGCCUGCUGCUGCACAGAAGAAAACUGAAGAGGAACCCCCGAAAGCCCAACCUCCUCCUCCUCAACCCACCGUUAUUCGGCGGAGACCAGUUUACUCCAUGAAGAAAGGCCAGAUUGUGAGAGUAGACAAGGAGAAGUAUCUCAAUAGCAUCAAUUACUUAUCAGUUGGACAUCCAACUUAUUACAAAGGCCUGGACUACAUUUAUGAAGACCGUGGGGAGGUAUUGGAUCUCCGCAACUUUGAGACAGGAGAAUAUGCACUUAUUGCAUGGGUUGGGAUUCCUACUGCACCAGCUUGGCUUCCAACAGAUAUGCUUAUCAAGUCUGACAGGCUCAACUACGAGAGAAUAUAACCAGCUUCGACAAGCUAAAGUCACCUGACGAUAAAGUCCACAUCUUGCGAUUUUUUUCUCUCACCAGAGGUCUUCUGUUGUAUCCCAAGUUCAUGUAACAUAAGUCUUCUAUUGCAUGGAGCAUUGCUGCAAAUAAUAUAUCUUCUUUUCAAUCUUCUACAGCUGCUUCUAACAGGCCUAUGAAUUAGAGGGAGAAAACCUGUGUAUAAAAUGUUGAAAAGGCUAGCUUAUAUAUAUACCGAGUAAACUGUGAUGGUUGUUUGUACUGGAUUUCACGCUAGCUCA